AUGCUGGCUGCCUUCGCAAUUCUUUUCCUUUCGAUCGUUCCGCACUUCCAGCUGACAGAAUCCACUGCGGUCAGUACGUCGAUCCUCCCGAAGGCUUACCAGGGUCUUCACAACCUCUUCGUAGUCAUCCAAUAUGGCCAACACCUGAACAAAAUACGACCGAAGCGGCUGGAGAUCAUCCUAGAGUAUGCCGACGACAUCACCGGACCUUGGCACGAAUACGGUUUCCAGUACAAACCAUGGAUUCAAGAAGGUUCCAUGCCAUAUGCCUGGGUCUACUUCCCACGGUUCGAUUUCAAAUUCUACGACGCCUCCAACUCUAAGCCUUACAAUCACAAGUGGCUUUACCCGUUGGUCCAACGACUUUUGCAAAACGAACCAGCAAUGGUCAAACUCCUCGACGAAGAUCACGUUCCUUCUAAACCACCCAAGUAUAUUCGUGCUUCAUUGUACCACUUCAGCUACAAUGACCACUUCAGCUGGUUCGAAGGAAACAGCACAACCUUUUGGACGAGGGAACGGCUCAAUGAUUACUUCCCGGCGUACGCCCUUCAAGAUGGAUUUCUUGAAACGAAAAUCAAAGAUAUCGGCAUACCUCCAAUAGCCACUCCGCCAGAAGCCACCAAUCUUACCCUGAAAUGGCUUGUGGAUGCCAUCAGGAACUUCCUCGGUAUCUUUGAGGGUUCAUUGUUGGUUUCGGGUGUACUGACAGCUGCCGUCGUAAUGAUAAUCACACAAAAGCAUACUUAA